AUGGCUUCCCUCCGGUUUCAGGUGGAGCUCCGGGACCACAGCAGGAACCAGCGCUGCCAACCCCUGGGCUCAGCAGCGCCCUCAUUCUCAGGCCGGCGGCUCUGCCCUGACCUGCGCAGGAAGGCCACCAACUGCCCCAGGCUGACCUCACGCCCCUCCCACUGCUGUAGCCUGACCUCACCCAGCCCCAUCCCUUCCGGCAGAACCACAGCUCGUCUUCCAGAGCGGCGGGCGCGGCGGUGGCUGAGCAGUGUCGAGCAGGGCCAGAUCGACCCUGGGUGUCGCCACCCUGGAACAUGUGGAGUGGUGGAAGACACCGAUUGGCCAGGUCCCGGUCAUGUGACCAUACGCUCUAGAGCACGUGUGAGCUGCUCCUGGUGGAUCAGCGGUGGAGAUAGCAGCAGUACACCGCACUGGAGCCCGGACCAGAGAGAAGGUUCUUGCCAGACAGAAACUCUCCCCAGUGCCUGGGAAUUCCUCAUUGGAUUACUGAGUUUUCAGCAGAGUUUUGUGAGUGUCUCACAUCUGCACCUGGAGAAGAAAGAUGUGGAAAGCCUCGGCCGGACACAGUGUCCAUCACCCCGGACGAUCGGGGAGCCAACACCUGGGAGGACCGACCCCGAUGUCGUGAAUGACGUAAGUGAAAAAGAGCAGAGAUGGGGGGCCAAGGCCGUGCCAGGAUCUGGGCACCAGGAACACAUCAAUAUCCACAAGUUGCGGGAGAAUGUGUUUCAAGAACACCAGACCCUCAGGGAGAAAGAGCUGGAAAUGGGACCCAAAGCCUCGCACAGCUACAGAGGGAAGUUUGGCGUGGAGCAGGACAGGAUGGACAAGUCAGCUGUCGGCCAUGAGUAUCAGUCAAAGCUCUCCAAGUGCUGCUUGCAGGUUGACUCCAUCUGGGGGUUUGGAGGCGAGUUUGGUGUCCAGUUGGACAGAGUGGACCAGAACAGUGACAAGUGUUUGGAAACGGCCUAAGUGCUAUCAGUGAGGGGUGAGGUGCAAUCUGUGGACACCCCACAAGGAACAGCCCUCCCCCUCCUUCCUGCCACCUUCAGCAGCCACCGCCCCAGGACUGACUCGUCUGUGUGUGUUUCCAGUUUCCCCGCACUAAUGCUACAGGUGAUUAUACAGCGUCCAGAAUACGACAAAGACAUUUUGAACUCGAUGCGAUCUUUAAUCUGUUUAAAGUUGUUGUAUGGCCCCUAAGGUAUUUUAUUACAGACUUUUUAAUUAGUGAAAAAUUCAUGAAUACCAUAGAGAAAAUGUUUUAAAAUUUAAUGUUUCUUCUAUUUAUGUAAACUUAUGACUUUAUUUAUAUACUGACUUUUUCUUGUAUAGCCAGGCUAUAUAUAUCCUUUCAGAUCAAUUCAUGUUCUGAUACCUGAUUUUAGUCUUUCAAAUGAAUGUACUGUAAUGCUUGUCUGUAUAAAUCCUAUGAACAAAUAUAGGGCUUUUGUAAAUGAUGCAUUUAUUGUAAUUAUUCUUGUUUAAUUUUUAAAUGAUAAACCAUGAGAGAAGGGGUUUUCCUGCAAUUGUAAAAUCAUCAUGACACGGUGUGCAUUAUCCUUCCAGAAUGUAACCGAGCUCUCCAACACUCACUCUGAAAUGAGCGAACUUACUUUCAACCAAUUGUUCUAUUUUAACGACUGACCUAAACUGUACUUUUUCUAGCAAGAAAUGCUUUUUCUCUGCAGAGUGAAGCGAUUUAAAAGUACUGGGUGUUGAAUGUGAGCUUCUAGUGAAGUCUGGGCUGAAAGCAUGAGUAGAAGACGACUAUGACAAUCUCUCCCGUGACCUGGUCUCUGAGGACCCGGGUCCCUCUCUCCGCUGAGACUCUUCGGGGAACAAUCGCGAUGCCCUGCACCCGCUGCAGAGCCGGUGCGCUGGACGGUGAAGGAACCACGUCCCACAGACAGACAGCGUAGAGCAGCUCUAACAAAGGCCUUAGUUUUCUUAUGUAAAGCAUCUUUUUAUCUGUAAACAUGUUUAAAGAAUGGAGCUAGGCGUACAUUUGUAGAUUUUGAUGACAUAGCCAUUUCGGAUUGUAUAAGCAGCAAAUGUAACUUUUACUCUUUCAGGAGCACAUUAAAAAAGCCAGCAAGAGAUGCGUUCAGAUCACAGUGCGUCAUUUAUUAUGCAGUGAUAUCUCAGUAGACAGAGAUGGCACGUCUCUUUACAUGUGGGCUCCACCUUUAAUUUACUUGUACAAUUCAUUGUUACCAUUCUGUUUUUCUACUAAUCUUUGGUGAACUUCCUGAAUAUGUGACAAAGUACGUACAGUCUACUUUUGAACUAUUUUUAUCACAGUAUUAUUUAUUGCUUUCUUUCAAUAAAGUACUGAAGGAAAAUUUC